CGUCUCAAAUACGAUUCGAUUGCUAACCCCACCCAAUUCUUCCCUCCGCAAUUCGCCCUCCGUCUCUCGAUCCCUCCUCGAUCACCCGAUGCCGAUCGCCGCCGAGCCACAGCAAGCAGAGAAGUCUCCUCCGAAGGUUUCAGCCGCGGAGAGGCGAUGGAAGGUUGAUGAUUUUGAUAUCGGCAAGCCUCUCGGAAGAGGAAAGUUUGGUCAUGUCUACCUGGCCAGGGAAAAGAGGAGUAACCAAAUUGUGGCAUUGAAAGUGCUCUUCAAGAGCCAGCUCAAACAAUCUCAAGUCGAGCAUCAGGUGCGGCGUGAAGUGGAGAUACAGAGUCACCUCCGGCAUCCAAACAUACUGCGCCUAUACGGUUAUUUCUAUGAUGAGGCUCGUGUUUACUUGCUAUUAGAAUAUGCGGAAAAAGGUGAACUUUACAAGGAAUUGCAGAAGUGCACAUACUUCAGUGAAAGGCGCACCGCUACUUACAUUUCAUCUUUAGCGCGAGCUUUGAUAUACCUCCAUGGGAAGCAUGUGAUACAUAGAGAUAUCAAGCCAGAGAAUAUACUGAUCGGGCUUCAGGGUGAGCUGAAAAUUGCGGAUUUUGGGUGGUCAGUUCGCGCGUUCAACCGCAGGCAGACCAUGUGUGGAACACUGGAUUACCUUCCACCUGAAAUGGUGGAAAGUGCAGAACAUGAUGCUAAUGUGGAUAUUUGGAGCUUGGGCAUAUUAUGCUACGAGUUCCUUUAUGGGGUUCCCCCAUUUGAAGCAAAGGAACAUUCAGAUACAUACAUAAGGAUAGUAAAUGUUGAUCUCAAGUUUCCCUCGAUACCAAUUGUUUCUCCUGGUGCAAAGGACCUUAUCAGCCAGAUGCUUGUCAAAGAUUCAUCACAACGACUUCCACUUCACAGGCUGCUUCAGCAUCCAUGGAUUGUCCAAAAUGCAAAUCCUUCGGGUGUUUACAGCGUCUGACCUGUGGUUCUUUGCCAAUUUGGAUGCCACUACAUUUCUACUUUCAUUCUGGAAGAAUCUCUGGGUUAAAAGUUAGAGAGAGAGAGAGGAUUUCACCUCCUCUUGACCUCACACACCCCAUAGCACGAAGUAAUUACCAUCA